UUGCAUAAUCAUCAUCAUCCGGCUUGAUACAAAGCAAAAGGAAAGUGCAAGAAAAUGGCGUCUCAUGAUCAGAGCUACAAAGCCGGUCGAGCCGAAGGCCGAGCUCGAGAAAAGGGAGAGCAAACGAAGGAGAGCAUAAAGGAGAAGGGUGAAGCGGCGAAGCAGAAGACAUCCGAGACGGCGGAAGCUAUAAAAGACAAAACUACAGGUGCUGCACAAUCAACAGGUCAGAAAAGUAAAGAAACAUCGGAAUCUGCUAGAGAGAAGGCGGAGGAAGGCAAGGAGAGAAGCGGUGGAAUCCUUCAGCAGACGGGAGAGAAAGUGAAGAACAUGGCUCAGGGUGCCACUGAUGCUGUCAGGCACAACUUCGGAUUGGCGGAUGCCGAUGACGACGAACACAUUUAUCCUCCUACAAGGAAGGAUACUAAUUACUAGGGUUUUCUUUUUCCUUUUUUCUCAUUUGAAUAAUGGUUGCAACGUCUACCUGAUGUUUUAUGACUGUAACUUUGUUGUUUCUGCUUUUCCUUGAUGAAUAAAAAUAUCUUAUCA